AUGUCGUCGCCUAUUGAUCACCCCGCUAUACCUAAGGGUUCGACGGUGCUCAUCACGGGCGUCAAUGGGUUUAUAGCGUCCAACAUUGCAGACCAAUUCCUCAAAUCCGGUUAUAAAGUUCGCGGUACCACACGAAACCCUCAAAAGAAUGCGUGGGUUGCCAAUCUAUUUGACCGCAAGUAUGGACCAGGGAAAUUCGAGUUUGUAGCAGUUCCGGACAUGGAAGCAGAGGGCGCAUAUAGCCAAGCUGUGAAAGGUGUCUCUGCUGUAAUCCACACGGCAACCAACUAUACGAUGAACCCGAACCCACACGAAGUCAUCCCUGGCACCGGAGCAGGAACAGUGAAUGCGCUCGCGGCUGCGGCCGUGGAACCAAGCGUCAAGCGCUUCGUGUUAACGUCGUCGUCUGCGGCGGCGUUGAUCCCGAAGCCAAACAACCCCCUUGUGGUGACGACCGACACGUGGAACGACGACAUAAUCGCGUUUGCGUACCGUGACCCUCCUUACGAGACCGAGCGCGCGUACCCCGUUUAUGCCGCUAGUAAGACACUAGCUGAAAAGGAAGCGUGGAAAUUCAUGCGCGAGAGGAGGCCGGCAUUUGUAUUGAAUACCGUUCUGCCGAACAUAAACUUCGGAGCGAGUCUCGACCUAGUCAACCAGGACCAUCCGUCCACAUCCGGCAUGAUUGUCGAGUUAUUCAGGGGAAACCCAGAGCCGCUAGCCGGCCUGCCAGCUCAAUACUUCGUCGAUGUGCAAGAUAAUGCGCUCCUCCAUGUCGCAGCUGCCAUCCAUCCAGGUGUCGAGUCCGAACGCAUUUUUGCCUUUGCCGAACCCGUUAACGGAGACAAGCUUCUCGCUAUACUACGCCAAUUAUACCCGGAUCGGCAAUUUCCGGCCAAUUUUCAGGGCGAGGAGGAUUUGAGUGAAAUUGUUCCGCGCAAGCGAGCUGAGGUACUACUGCGAGAUAUGGGAAAGAGUGGGUGGACCACGCUAGAAGAAAGUGUUAAGAUAAACACACAAGAUAUAGCAUAA